CACCUUUAUAUAUACACACAGAUAUAUGUAUAUAUAGAUAGAGAGAGAGAGUGGAGUUAGAGAGAGAUUGGAUAAUUGCUAAAUUGCGCUUCUAUCGUUGUUGUAGAAGAUCAUCUUGAUCUUGUUCUUGAAGAUCGUUUGAUAUUAAUAGUUGACCAUGACUGUGAAGCAAUCGCGGGAUCAGGAGAACGCCGGUUCGGAUCUCCUCAAACCCAAGGAGUUCUCGCCGAUUGAAGAUUCAAUGGAAUCGGAGAAAGCUCUUGCGGCGAAGAAAUUUUCCGACGAUCGUUGUUUGAACGGGAAGUUGAAGGUGCGUGUGGAGCUGGAGACGGAAUCGGAGAGUAAUGGAUCGUCGGAAGAGACCGAGUCUCCGAGAUCGGUGACGAAGCUAGGGCAAUGGAGGACGAAGAGGAUUGCGUAUGUGCACAAUCAGAUACUGAAGAUCAGGGAAGAAGAUUCACACAUUGGUGAGGAAAUCGGUGAGCUUUUGAGCGCCAAAGAUAAACUCCCUGCUCAUUCAGUGGCUUCCAGUUUGGAUCUCAUGCUCUUCUCCAGGCCUAUGUUGCCUUCUUCGCCUCUCAGUGGCAAGACUACGCCCUUCAAGACUGUACACUGAAAUCAAUCAAGGCAUGAGUCAUGAGGAAUGCAUGCAUCAGAUAUUGGAGAGAAGGGUUAAAUGCAGAACAGCAGCUGAAGAUUUCAUGGAGUUCUCUUGGUAGUAGCUUUUUUCAAAUUUUUUUUUUUUUUUUUUU